AUGACAGUCUUGCACGAGCUGGCGCUCACCGUCAGUGAACCCAACAAGCUCGAGAGCUCUGUACGCAGCGAGCCACGGCUGGACUUGAGUAUCGAUGGCAGCCGACCUCUCGGCGCCGUUGUGCCAACGGGUAUCCCUCGCCUGCCAGACUAUGCAAUUCCUUUACAGCCAAAGCUUUUGAAGCAGAUAAAUGCCAUGCAUACAAAGGAGGAACUUUUGGCAUUCGUUGGGCAGUGCUACAUCAUCCUGGACCCGAUUAACUUGGUUACGUGCGUGUAUCGCCUGGCGCGCAUGUACACGGGCAUUCGACACCCCGAGGCCAGGCAAGCAUGGAAGGCGGAGUUGAACGAGUCUUCCUCUUUUCAGGUUUUGCUUCGGACCAUCCAAUCGCACAUGCUGGCUGCACAGCUACAUCCACCAUACAGCCAGGAGGUCAAGGGUAUCGAUGCGCGAUGCGUCUCAAACCUGAUCUGGGCACUGGUGAAGCUGGACCUGGCGCUGGAGGCUGGAUGUACGGGCAACGAGGUGAUCAUCAGCAUUUCGCCGCUGGUGCUGCGCCUCCUAAACCAGUCGAGCCCGCAGGGCCUGGCCAACUUGCUGUGGGCGUACGCAAAGCUUGCCGAGCCACCCGUCGAGGUGAUUUCGUCCAUCAUGUCCCAGAUGACGGAUAUGUUAACGCGCGACCAGACGGGCAGCCUAUUCGACGCACAGGCGCUGUCCAACAGCAUCUGGGCCGUGGCCCAUGCGAGAAGCAAGCUUGCGAAUUUCGACGGGCUUUGCGGCGCGCCAGGCAGCGUGAGCGCGUUCCUGGUCGCCAUUGCCAUUAGUGCCAACAGUAUGCUAAAGGCGCUGUACACCCGUCUGGAUCUGGCGCACCUCUCAGCUUUCCUUAACAACGUUGAGCACAAGUUCUCCUGUCAGGCGCUCGUGAACAUUGUGUGGUCUUUCGCCACCAUAUUGGGCGAGGAGUGUGGCCAAAAUCCCAUCAUUUCACAGCUCUUCUUAAAUUCUCGCAAGGAGGCUAUCAUCCGGCUGCGCGCCACUUAUGCAGCUCUUCAGACUCAACAGUCAUGGGUCUACCACUUGCCGGGAGGCUUCAACGAGCAGGCCCUUUCCAACGUGGUUUACGCGUAUGAGAAGGCAGGCAUGCUGGAUCGCGAGCUAUUGCAAUGGGUCUUCAGCGUCGCCACCCUGCGGCUGGACCGCCGCGAUGGCCCGCCGUCGUUCAAGCCUCAGGAGCUGUGCACGCUGCUCCGCGCUGCACACCUGGAUAUUUGCGAGCCGCAGCCGUUUUUAAACAAGCUCGCACGCAUUGUCCAAACGAUGCCGUGGAUUGUACGCAAUUGGUCUCCCUCUGAGCUUAAUGAGCUUAGCCGCGCCCUGGGGUUGCUUCAACCGACACUCCUGACACCUCACCAGGCACAGGCACAGCAGCAGGUGCAGCAGCAUGCUCAGGUUCAGACGCACCACCAUGCACAUUCCCAAGCGCAACAGCAGGCAGCGGCUCAGCAGCUCAUGUUGCAGGUGAAUGCGCUUACUGCUGCCGGCAUGGGCAUGGGCGGCCUACCCAACGGUGGCGUUAACACUAACCUUGCAGCGGAGCUGCUAGCGGCCGAGCUUCACCAAAUGACCAUCCAGAACGUGCUUACAGCACAAUUAAAUGCUGCAGCGGCAGCCGUGGCAGCUGGUAUGUCCUAUGGCAGCAACGGCGCCAGCGGUUCUCAGACGUUCAAUCCCAACCUUCCGAUGGGUGUACCUGCGGAUCCUUUGCAAGCCCUACGUGCGCUUCAAUUUAGCCCAGCGACAAGGCCCCUUGGUGCGCAAGGCCUGCCUCCUGCACCUGUAAGCUGGCCGUAG